CGCUGCAUAAACAACUCUGCAGCGGGCGCACUCGCCGCCUGCAAGGAUGCGAGCCGUAGCCUCUUCUGUUCUGUCGAACGGUUUCCCUAGCGACUAGAACGCAAAACAUUUUACGUCAGAGAGAGCAAAAGAACGUUGCUUCUGUAAGCGUUCUCUGGGGUUUAAAGGGGCCGCAGUCCGCGCACGAUGCGCUUGCAAGGAGGGAUUCUUCGGUGCCGCACACCGCAUUAUGGAAGACGCUUCCGGAAACCCGGGGAAGGAGAGCGAUGAAGCCGAGGACCUAGAGACCAAAGUGUUUGGACAUGAGAACUCACCCCCAACAACUGAUACUGCAGGCAGGGCACCUGAAGAUGGUAAGGCAAAUCCAGAGUAUGGUGGCAACAAAAAGGAGGGAGAGAUGGAAGUGGAGGAGCCAGACACAGGCACCGGUAAAGAGAUGCAAUUGGAGGAGGCCACAGAGAAGCCAGACACAGGCACUGGUUCCGAACUUCCUCCAGGAAGAGUUCAAAGCAGAACUUCCAGAUCUUCAGAUAGGUCUUCCUAUAAAGAGAUUCAGGAGGAGGAGGCAAAAGGCAGUCCAGAGCCAGAAGAAGAGAUUGCCCCUCCUGAAGAAGUGACUGAGCCACCCUCUCCAGAAGCCACCACAGCACCAUCACCAAGGACAGCAGGAACCAAAGGCUAUCCUAGCAUAUUGGGAGGCGUCAGGAGAGAAAGUUCUUCUACCAUAUACAAGUUAAGCAGAGAGGCAUUGGAUACCGUUGCUGCUGAUGCACUUCAGAAAGGAAUAUCUGUUGCAAUGCAGACAGAUAGAAGCUGGAUUUAUGACCAGAUCUUCAAGAAAAAGGCUCCGAAGUUCAAAAGGCAAAGGAUUCCUCCUGAAAAUGAUAUCUAUGCUGUCCUGUCCCAAGACCUCAGCAGUUUAGAGAUUUUGUGCGACAUGGAGUUUAAAGAAGACUUCUUAAAGCUGUUUCAAGAAUCGCUGCACACCCUUUCCAGUGUUGGGCCACCAACUAUUCUAGCAUACAGACGGGAAUCCUCAAGAAAAGACUUGGAGAUAGCGAUCGAACGGGACUAUCAAGCGACUUGCCAGUACUGUGGCAGCCCACUGCGAGACAUUCCUUCAUUUGAAAGCCUAGAGGAAUUAGCAGACUAUGGACCUCUUUUCUGUUGCCAGCACUGCAGAGAUCUGCAUGAGUUCCUUGUGAAUGAAAGAAGGCGCUAUGCAAAGCAAGACUUGGAGCAGAUUGCUAUUGCCCCUCAUAAGGCACACGGAAGCAAGGCUGAGAGGGAACAAGCCAAGGAAAAAGCCCGCCAGAGAAUGCGAGAGAGACAAAUGGCAAGACAGUUUGCCUAUGCAGCAACAGAGCAAGAAAAGGAAACUGUUCCAGUCCAUAGCAUGAUUGAAUAUAAUAAGCAACUGAGAACAAUUUCAUACUCUAUGGCCCAAAUGUCACCUUCUUUAACUAGCUGGACAAAGAUUCCCCUCUCUGCAGUUGAAAAACAAGCGAGCGAAGAUAUUACUUACAACAUCUCUUGCUGUGAUUUCACCAUUGCUGGUGGAAAGCUACUGAAAAAUCAGUUCCUGCAGCAAUACUACAAAAACGGCGUCAAAUUUCUCACAAUCUUUCCAGAUGGAUCUGCACAAAUAUUCUAUCCUUCUGGAAAUUUGGCCAUUAUCGUUGUACAAAAGAAGGAAAAUACAGGCUACAUUUGUAUAGUACAAGAAGACCGACCUGAGAAUCCAGACAUUCAAGGCGUGUUUGAAUCCUCCGGGAAAGGAACUUGCUAUCAUCCAAAUGGAAUUGUAUGGAUAAAUAUUACAAUUCGAGGAGGACAUUACUCGGACCAGGAUGGCAACAGAGUGAGAACAUGGAUUUGGCCUAAUCAUUUGCAUAAGCGGAGUCCCACAGUAGAAUUUAAACCUGUCUUUCUAUCCUUGAACCUGAAUGUCGGUGUCAGAAUACUGGGACAAGACAAAAUAGCCAUUUCUUUUCUUGCAAUGGGGAAACAAGCAAGAAUCAACGUAGGAACAAAAGUGGAGCCCUCUGCAGAUCAUCAUCCAUUGCCAAAACAUGUGUCUGAAGAAGACCUCUUGCUGUUUGCCUGCAGAAUCAAGAUUCUCAAAAUCUUUGAUAGACUGCAUGGAUGUUUGGAAUUUCCCACCAACGAUCGGUGGACUAAACUCGAAACCCCUUCGUAUCUCUCAAAAAAGAGUUUGCAGUUGAUGUACCUUUGCAGAGAAUGUGAAGUAAAUUCUGCUCUGGAUGGUUUAAUCACAGCAAUAGUAAAUUCACCAACUUGAUGAGCA